AUGCCUCCAGACAUUCUUUCCCGUGAAAACACAACCACCAAAGACUAUGCCUAUCCAGAAUCACAUCCACUACAUUUGAAUAAUUAUCCUUCCAGCCAGCGAUCGCUGAUUUCAAGCAGUGAUUCGCUGGAUUUGCCAGAUUUCAAUGAUGACGAUUAUGCAUAUCACGACGACGACACGCUAGGUCCUGAAGAGAUCAACCGCAGAGCUGUGGCUCUAUUUGAUUUUGAACCUGAAAACGAUAACGAGGUCGCCCUAAAAGAGGGCCAGGUCAUUUGGAUAUCUUAUAGACACGGCCAGGGUUGGUUGGUUGCAGAAGAUAUAGAACUGGGCGAAAAUGGGCUUGUCCCGGAGGGGUAUGUGGAUUUGUAUCCCUCUGACGACGACGCCGAAGCCGCCCAAGAACUAGACGUUCCAAAACCAUUUAUUCCACGUAUACUACAGGAGUAUAAGAACCCUGAAGAAGAUAGUGAGUGGGAAGACACGGACUUCGAAGACGCGAAUGCAGAUGAAUCCGAAAGGGAUAGAAACUCCAAAGAGCUCACUUCUCUAGGGGACCAAGUCAAAUCUUCAAAGAUUCAGUAG